UCAGAUUGUGGGUAUUAUUGCUGCUUUAUUUGCCGACAACCGACAACGAUGUUGUCUUACUACGAGUGACUACUGCUGGUGAUAGUUCUCGAGUCAGGGUGGAAACAUUCGAUCGGUGCAUCGGGCUAGGGUUUUUAUUUGCGGUUAGACACUCGAGCGGCUCGGUUGUGUUUUCUACGUGUGCUUCGUCGCGUUACACUACAUACCCAGUGAGGUGGUCAGAUGCGGGGUGAAACGUAGAGAUAUUCAGUUGAAGUGCUUUGGAGUCGAUCAUUUUCAAAGGUGGAGAUGACUGUGCCAGCAGUGGAAAAGUGUCUUCGUGUGUGGAAAAAUAACGUCAACAUAUUGUGAUUGUUGAUAAAGUGAAGUUUUUUAGUAAAAUUGAAAUGCUCUUUCUGAAUAUCUAAGUUACAUGCAGUUGAAGGUGACCAGGUACGAGAGCGAUCUAUCGGUUGUGUGGUACAUAUGACUGGUACAACUGCUCAGUUGAAGUGAUAAGGUUUUUCAAAUCAGUUGACAAUUUACGUCGCUGGAAUUUCAACGAAAAAAAAAUUAACAAUCGUCUGUAUUAGCCGCACAGGACAAGGCAUUAUCCUGAUUCACAGUAACGACGAAGAUCUGCACCGCAAGUGUUUUGGUACAGAUGCUCAAAAAUUUAAGGAAAUCUGUUGCCACUCAUCACCGACAGUGAUACACCGGAAAGCUGCACCAUACCAUCUAGCGUCCGACGAGCGACGAUAAACCAUUCAUCCCUGGCGCCGACGUUUUCCUGGGAGGGGCCGUUUUUCACCCCACAGCUGGAACUAAUAUGUCAGCGCCUUCGUGCUGGAAAAUUCUAACGCGCCGGAAAGCUCUCACCAUUGGCAAUGAGAACGGUUCGGACAGCGACAAACUCGGUCGAAUAUUGAACACCUUCGAUUUGACAGCCCUUGGCGUUGGGGCUACGCUCGGUGUUGGCGUGUACGUCCUGGCGGGGCACGUUUCUAAAGAUCAAGCCGGACCGUCGGUGGUGCUUUCCUUCCUGAUUGCCGCGGUUGCUUCCUUUCUAGCGGGCCUUUGCUAUGCGGAAUUCGGUGCACGCGUUCCGAAAUCAGGUUCAGCCUACAUCUACAGCUAUGUGUGCAUUGGAGAAUUUAUGGCGUUUAUCAUCGGCUGGAACCUGAUGCUGGAGUACAUAAUCGGAUCGGCGAGUGUGUCGCGGGGCUUAAGCCUUUACAUUGACACGCUGGCCAACGACACGAUGAAAAUACACUUUCGGGAAAUCGCACCAAUGGAAUGGGACUUUAUGUCUAGGUAUUUCGACUUUUUUGGAUUCUCCGUAGCGAUCCUAUUGGGAGUCGCACUGGCCUUCGGCCUGAAGAAAUCAACUAUGGUAAACAACUUCUUUACGAUUCUUAAUAUUGGAAUCGUGCUGUUUGUUGUAAUUGCUGGAGCUAUAAACGCCGACAUCGCCAAUUGGAAUAUUAAUCCAAUGAACGUUUCCUCCAUCUACAAUGUCGGAGAAGGAGGAUUCUUUCCGUUUGGCUUCGAAGGAACUCUACGUGGGGCAGCUACAUGCUUUUUCGGAUUUGUAGGAUUCGAUUGCAUCGCGACCACCGGAGAAGAAGUUCGCAACCCUCGUAAAGCUAUUCCCAGAGCGAUUCUGUUUUCGCUGUGUACUAUUUUUCUAGCAUAUUUUGGCGUGUCUACGGUUCUUACGCUAAUGUGGCCAUACUAUCUGCAGGACGUUAACGCUCCUCUUCCUUUCGUUUUCAAUGAGAUCGGUUGGACGUUUGCCAAGUGGACGGUGGCCAUCGGUGGUAUAAUCGGUUUGGUAGCCAGUCUGUUCGGGGCAAUGUUCCCACAGCCCAGAAUUAUUUACGCGAUGGCCCAAGACGGUCUGGUUUUUCGGGCCCUGGGAGAAAUCAGUCCUCGGCACAAGACUCCGGUUUUUGGUACACUUUGCGGUGCGCUUCUAACCGGCACGAUGGCCGGAUUGUUUGAUCUGAAAGCUCUAGUCAAUAUGCUAUCGAUUGGUACACUUAUGGCGUACACAGUUGUGGCGAUCUCAAUACUCAUUCUCAGAUUUUCAGAAGAACAAACUGACAGCUCGAUUCCUUCGACGAGCAAACAAACUUACGAAUCAUCAAACCUGCUGAAACCCGGUAGCCGAUUAACAGGACCAGCAUUCAUUAAGCAGUUGUUCAACGUGUCCUGCGUAAGGAUACCAUCUCAUAUUUCCACUAGCGUUGUGGGCGUUCUUGUGACGCUUUAUUGUCUUGUGUCGCUAGCACUUUCGCUCACGAUUUACUAUGCUAAACAACAACUUUACGAUUUGGAACCAUGGGCUUGGACAUUGGCCGGUACUCUGCUAGGAUUGCUGCUGAUCGUUUUGCUGCUGAUGUCGAUCCAACCCCGGGAAACAGCAGACGCGCCCUUUAAAGUACCAUUGGUUCCGCUGCUACCUGCGAUCAGUAUUUUCGUGAACAUCUAUCUAAUGCUGAUGUUGGAUGUCUACACAUGGAUCCGAUUCGGGAUCUGGAUGGGAAUAGGUCUACCGAUCUAUUUGAUAUGUGUCUGUUGUGGCAAUACUAACGGGAAAAGCAAAACAAAUGACGAAGUCAAUUGUCGAGAGAGUAAAAUUUCAGACCACAUCCGCUCAGAAGGAAUUGAAAACGGUGGCUUCGUACAAAGCGAAGAGUCAACUGUGACACCGAACGGUUUCUAUUCACAGAACCUUAAGGAUGCAGUCAACGGAACUGAAGAUAAACAGUUCAAUUUAAUCGCCACUGCCGGCACCUAUAAGGAAAAUGGCGAAAAAGAUGAAGAUAUAACACAAACUAAAGCAAAAUCCCAAACACCCUCUCCAAAAAACAGUAUGGACGAAAUAAUAGCUGUUUCCGAACUGUCCGAUCUAGUCACUGAAAAAAUCGAACCGAACGGAAAGGCCUACUUUGUGGAGGAUGUGAACGAAAAAGAUUCGGAUCGAUCCAGUGUGGAGACAAAUAAGGCAAUUGCAUUGCUGGAUGACAUACUGAACGAUGAAGAGAAGACGAUGGACCUUUCAAUUCCUUAUCCGUCUUUGGAUGACGAGUCGCUGGCAAGUCCAGUUUUUCGAGAGCGGUCUGUUGUGGCAGAUAUCCAUCGCGAAGACGAGAUUUCUAUGCAGCAUCAGGUGGAGGAUAUUCCAGAGCAGGCUGAGUUAAUGUCAAUAGACAGUCUCGACAUAAUCGAAACACCAGAACCAGCUGUCAACAAUACACCAGAGCCUGUGUCGCUACAGCCAAGGGCCGCUUUUGUCAUGGGUCAAGAUGUCAGCAGCGAUUUUGAGACCGAUGAUGAAGAUGAGGUCCACUACAAUCGAUUGAACAGUCAACGGCAGAAACAGUUUAUGACAAGACUAAGCACACUGCUAGAGAAUCCUCAGCCAAAACAAUACAAACGGAAAGGUCCCAGAGCGAUUAUAGUUGAUGAAAACUCCAACAAUUUGAAACUGCAAAAAAGCAGCAGUGAGCCCAAUUUUGUGUUGCUACUGGAUACCUCACCGAACAACGAAAGCGAAACGGACAGCCCAAAUCGGACACCCACAGCAACGGUGCCACCUGCUCCACUAUUUAACGAGACUGUUUUCAAUAGCAUUAAACCAGACACUGAGCUGUCAAAAGACCCAACUACGAAAAGCACACCGACCGUCAAAUUUGUAGCUUCUUCACCGAGUAAUAGCUCCGUUCCUGAAGCCCCAAAGUUCGACCCUAUUCUAUACAACACAGUUGGAAAACACAAAUCACCACGAGCAAGUCUCAACGUUCCUCCUAUCAGUGCCAGUAGCUCAGGUUACGCUGACGUGACACUCCGCAAGAUAAACCCGCAGACACCACCCGCCAUCGACAGCAAAACCCCGGAAGCGAACGGAGGGGAGCCCCCCGCCAAUUCACGAGAAGUGUUCAGAUCCAAACUCGAGCAAAUAUUGCAAAGAGGACCGGUCAACAAAGUCCGUCCUAAGACGUUACCUCCUUCGUUGCUCGAGCGGCAACCGGCUCCUGCUUCUAGCACCAAUGAACCCACGACAGCCACCUCCAACGGUAACGUCGUCAGUCCAAAGGACAACUCCUCUCCCAGAAAUUUUCGGGAGCUGGCGAGAGCUUUCGAUACCGCCAAAAAGCAGCAAAAACUCAUCUUUGACGAUGUGCUCAAGGCAAUUAACCCGGACACCCGACCGAGCGUAAUUCGGAAUUCGCUCGAGCAUCGGAUGUCCUUUUCCGAGUUCAAAAACGGGUUGAAGAAAACGGUACCACCGAAGCCGUAUCUACCGAAUGCGUGAUGUGCUACAAGCUCGAGAGUGUGAACGAGAGACCGUUGUUUUUUUUUAUGAAGUGUAAAUUGACGAUACUUUCCGGGUGCUUGUUGCGCCUAGCGCCAUUAUUGAAGUUCGCAAAAUAAGUUAUUGAACGGCGAUGUUUGUUUCUAUAUUCUACCAUUCGAAAAUUCCCUGUUUAGCUUCUAGGUUUGGGUGGUAUCGGUUUCUCGGUUGAAAGUUGAGAAAUCAGCAUUUCUUUAAAGCUUUUAAUCUGAUUGUAUAGCUUUUUAUCAAUACUUUUCAAGAAAAUAUUGACGAUUCUAAUCAGGCCGAAGUAAUUUUUCACAGUUAAAUUGUUAGUUUUUUAUUUUUUGUUUGUUUAAAGCUCUUGAUUUUUUUUUGUAAAUCCAAUCGAAAUAUAUUUUAUUCAAUAGUUUCACCCGCAAUCGCUCAAAAUUGCAAUUAAAAAAUCUUCGGUUAUCCACAGAAAAUCCUCCCAUACUUCGCCCACUGAAUGUUUCUUAUCAUAACUUUUGAACUGGAUUGGGAAGCAUAUCCAAAAAAAAAAUACUUUUCUUCAGUCGGACAAAUACAUUAUACUAACAUAGCAUUCAAGUGUAAAUUGAAUGCAUACUCAGAAACUGUUGAUAAAAUCUAAAAAAAAUUGGAAAGUUUUAUUUGAAAGUGAAUAAUUUAUUAAUUAGUUAGGAUUGUUACAUAAUUAAUUACUCCAUUCCCAAAAAUGUUUCGUGAGUUAUCAUCUAAAAUGAUACCACAACCCACUUAAGUAAAACGUUUCGACUGCUAAACGUCUUAUUUCAAUAUAUUUAACCCAUUGCAUGACUGAACGGUUGCAUGACGAUAUCGUAAACCCAAUCAAAUCAAACUCUACAACGGCCCCCUAACAAUGCUGGUAUUUUUGAACGAUCCUCAUUAACUCGCUAACCCACAAAUAAUGAACAGACGGAGUGCAUGAUCAUCGUAGCUACGUUAACAGCACCGACCGUACACCUAACAGGUGCAAGUGAAACUAGUUUAGUAUAAUCGUAUCUAGUAGUAGACAUGUUAAACUGCUUGAAAAAUGGUUGGCUGCACCGAAUUUGAAAGCAUCUUGAUCACUCCUUUGUUUUUGCAAUAUUAAACGUUCCACC